AUUGGCAAAACACGCAGCUGCUGGCUAAGCAAAUAGCAUCAGUGAACGCAAAUUGUAUUUGCGCGUUAACAAUUUAUUUGGAGUGCACGAAUUGAACGAAAUGGAUGUGGCAGAAGCACAAAUUGGCCAGCUGCGCGUCAAGGAUGAGGUUGGCAUACGCACACAGAAGCUCUUUCAAGACUUUCUCGAGGAAUUCAAAGAGGAUGGCGAAAUCAAAUAUACGCGUCCAGCGGCCAAUCUGGAGUCACCCGAUCGUUGCACUCUGGAGGUGAGCUUUGAGGAUGUGGAGAAAUACGAUCAGAAUCUGGCGACAGCUAUCAUCGAGGAGUACUACCAUGUCUAUCCGUUCUUAUGCCAAUCUGUGUCCAACUAUGUGAAAGAUCGCAUCGGCCUCAAGACAAACAAGGAUUGUUAUGUGGCCUUUACUGAGGUGCCGACGCGUCACAAAGUACGCGAUUUGACCACCUCGAAGAUUGGCACCCUCAUCCGCAUCUGCGGCCAGGUGGUGCGCACCCAUCCCGUUCAUCCGGAACUGGUGCUGGGCACAUUUAUGUGCCUCGACUGCCAGACAGAGAUACGGAACGUCGAACAGCAAUUCAAGUUCACCAAUCCCACAAUUUGUCGCAAUCCCGUUUGCGCCAAUCGUCGCCGUUUCAUGCUCGAUGUGGAGAAAUCACUGUUUCUCGACUUCCAGAAGAUUCGCAUACAGGAGACGCAGGCGGAGCUGCCGCGUGGCUGUAUACCGCGCGCCGUUGAGAUUAUAUUGCGUUCCGAGCUGGUCGAGACGGUGCAGGCGGGCGAUCGUUAUGACUUCACCGGCACCCUCAUCGUGGUGCCGGACGUCAGUGUGCUGAGCAUGCCCGGCACCAAGGCCGAAAUGGGCUCUCGUCACAAGCCCGGCGAGGGCUCCGAGGGCGUCACCGGUCUCAAGGCUCUGGGUGUCCGAGAGCUCAACUAUCGCAUGGCGUUCCUUGCGUGCAGCGUUCAAGCGACCACCGCCCGGUUUGGCGGCACCGAUCUGCCCAUGUCCGAGGUGACCGCGGAGGAUAUGAAGAAACAAAUGACCGACGGCGAAUGGCAAAAGAUCUAUGAGAUGUCCAAGGAUCGCAAUCUGUACCAGAAUCUAAUCAGCAGCCUCUUCCCCUCAAUAUAUGGCAACGAUGAGGUCAAGCGUGGCAUUCUGCUCCAGCUCUUUGGUGGCGUGGCCAAGACAACCACGGAGAAGACAUCGUUGCGUGGCGAUGUCAAUGUAUGCAUCGUGGGUGAUCCCAGCACGGCCAAGUCACAGUUCCUCAAACAGGUAUCGGACUUCUCGCCGCGUGCCAUUUACACAUCGGGCAAGGCAUCCUCGGCGGCUGGCCUCACCGCAGCGGUCGUCCGUGACGAGGAGAGCUUCGAUUUUGUGAUCGAGGCGGGUGCUCUCAUGCUGGCGGACAACGGCAUCUGCUGCAUCGAUGAGUUCGACAAGAUGGAUUUGCGGGAUCAGGUGGCCAUACACGAAGCCAUGGAACAGCAGACCAUAUCGAUAGCACGCGCCGGCGUUCGUGCCACAUUGAAUGCACGCACCUCCAUUCUGGCUGCAGCGAAUCCGAUUAAUGGACGCUACGAUCGCUCCAAGAGUUUGCAGCAGAACAUACAAUUGUCCGCACCGAUAAUGUCCCGUUUCGAUCUGUUCUUCAUUCUGGUGGACGAGUGCAACGAGGUGGUCGACUAUGCCAUCGCCCGCAAGAUUGUCGAUCUGCAUUCGAACAUCGAGGAGUCUGUGGAGCGUGCGUAUACACGUGAGGAGGUGCUCCGCUAUGUGACCUUUGCCCGACAGUUCAAGCCGAUCAUCAGCACGGAGGCGGGCAAAAUGCUGGUGGAAAACUAUGGGCAUUUGCGUCAGCGAGACACGGGCUCAUCGGGACGGAGCACGUGGCGCAUUACCGUUCGUCAGCUGGAGUCGAUGAUACGGCUGAGCGAGGCAAUGGCCAAGCUGGAGUGUUCUAAUCGUGUGCUCGAGCGUCAUGUUAAGGAGGCAUUUCGUCUGCUCAAUAAGUCCAUUAUACGCGUCGAACAGCCCGACAUUCAUCUGGAUGAUGAUGAGCGACUGGAUGUGGAUGAUGGCAUUGAGCAUGAUCUGGAUAUGGAGAACAAUGGGGCGGCGGCCAAUCAGGAAGGUGGCGAUGAUGCCAUAAUGGACACCUCGGCCGGCGCUGGCCAAAAGAAAAAGUUCACGCUCUCCUUCGAGGAUUACAAGAAUCUGUCAACGAUGCUGGUGCUGCACAUGCGUGGCGAGGAGGCGCGCUGCGAGGUCGACGGCAGCGAUACGGGCAUGAAACGCAGCGAUGUCGUCACCUGGUAUCUGGAACAGGUCGCUGAACAAAUUGAGUCCGAGGAUGAGCUCAUCUCGCGCAAGAACCUCAUCGAGAAGCUGAUAGAUCGCUUGAUCUAUCAUGAUCAGGUUAUAAUACCACUCAAAACCGCAUUUCUCAAGCCCUUUUCCAAAAAUGCGAUGGGUUACAAUGAUGAAUUGGAAAACGAUCCGCUUCUGGUCGUUCAUCCCAACUAUGUUGUGGAGUAAUCUUCACAUUUGUCAUCAUCAGCCAUCGGUUUCGCUUUCUUUUUUUCAUCUCAUUUCACAAGAAUCCUUGAUAUGCAUUUUUCAACGUUUAGUUUUGUCACCCAACACAUGUAAUUAGUAUAUAGCUUAGCAUUAUUUAACUAUAAGAAUUAACCGUACUUUUAAGUAAUUCACUUCAUUUUUCAAAUUUAAAAGUUUUAAUAUUUUCAUUUUUUUUUUUUUGAUUUGGAUGAAUAUCAUCCAGUAAAUUGAUUUCAAAUGAAGUAUUUUAUAAAAUAUUUUGAAUUUUUUAGGUUAUGUUGCCAAUAAAUACUAUUAUUGAAAUAAACUAGACAAA